CGUCCCGAGUUCGCCGCGCCACGAGGAAUUCCCGCCAUUUAAUGGACGGUUCGGAGAGAGAGAGGGGAGAGACAGCGAGAGCGGUUACAAGAGGAAUGGUUAAGAGAGAGAGUUUAGCUCCUCCGUUAUAUUUGGAGAGAGAGAGAAAAAAUCACUUCAUUUUCUCCACAAAUUUCCCUUCCCCUUUUCCUAAUUUUUCUUAAAAAAAAAAAAAACUCAAACCUCUCUCUGUGCAUAUAUAGCUUGUGUUAUAUUGCCCACCAAAUCUUUGAAGCUUAUUUUAGGGUGGAGUUUCGUGAUCGGAGGGUUUCCUCGGGGGAACCGGAGAUGAAGAGGCAUCUCCUCCUUCUUUUUCCUCUGUUGCUGCUCCGUGCAGCCGCAGCCGCUGCGAAUUCUCCGGCGGCGCCGCUGCCCAAGUGGCAGACGUUAAGCGGUGAGGCUCCAUUAGUCAUUGCUCGUGGCGGGUACUCUGGGCUCUUUCCUGAAUCCAGUCAAUAUGCCUACCAAUUUGCCAUGUCGACAAGUUUAAAAAGUGUAGUUCUGUUCUGUGACCUUCAACUAACAAAAGAUGGGGCUAGCAUGUGCCACAGUGACUUAAGACUUGAUAAUUCCACGACAAUAGCAAGUGCUUUCCCGAAAGGGCAGAAAACUUAUACUGUAAAUGGAGAGCGAAUUCGUGGAUGGUUUUCAGUGGACUUCACUGCUGACGAGAUAUUCAACAAUGUCGCAUUGAUCCAAAGUAUCUUCUCUCGACCUAGUGUUUUUGAUGGCAACCUACCACCAUUGGCUGUUGAGGAUGUGACUGGGCUUCGGCCGAGUCGCUUUUGGUUGAAUGUGCAGUAUAACUCGUUCUUUGAGAAACACAGUCUAGAUGUUACAGGAUAUAUAUUAGAUGCAUCGAGGCAAAUCAGUAUCGACUAUGUCUCUUCUCCAGAAAUUGGUUUUUUGAAAGGUCUCAAUGGGAAGCUAAGAAGAGGCAAGACAAAGCUAAUCUUCCGGUUCCUCGAUGAGGAUGCCGUUGAACCCUCGGCUAAUCAAACAUAUAGCUCCCUCCUUAAAGACUUGAAGAUGAUAAAGUCCUUUGCUUCAGGAAUUCUUGUUCCAAAGAAUUACAUAUGGCCCGUUACUAAAGAUCAAUAUUUGGAGCCACCUACUACUCUGGUUGCAGAUGCCCAUGGACUGGGACUUGAAGUAUAUGCAUAUAAUUUUGCAAAUGACGCCCCUGCGAGCUAUAACUAUAGUUUCGAUCCAACCGCUGAGUAUUUACAGUUCAUAGAUAAUUCCAAUUUCUCAGUCGAUGGUGUGCUAACGGACUUCCCCUCUACGGCAUCAGAGGCUGUAGCUUGCUUGGCCCAUAACAACAAUGAUAUUCCCCGCAAGGAAGGGAGACCGCUGAUUGUGACUCACAACGGCGCAAGUGGCGUAUUUGCUGGGUGCACUGAUCUCGCAUAUCAGCAAGCAGUGAAAGAUGGUGCUGAUGUAAUCGAUUGCUCCGUUCAGAUGUCGAAAGAUGGAGUUGCUUUCUGUUUGGAUUCGCCAGAUCUUAUGGGCAAAACGACGGCAAUAGCUUCUUUCAUGUCCCGAGCAACGAUGGUCCCUGAAAUACAACAGAACAACGGAAUCUUCUCAUUUGACCUCACAUGGAGCGAGAUUCAAAGUUUGAAGCCCGAUUUAGUGAGUCCUUUAUCUCAGUCUGGCAUGGCGAGAAAUCCUGCAGCGAAAAAUCAGGGCAAAUUCAUGACACUUGCUGAUUUCCUGGACUUUGCAAAGAACAGCAGAGUCUCUGGUGUCUUAAUUAACAUAGAGAAUGCUCCCUACCUUGCAUCUAAGAAGGGCCUCGACAUCGUCAAUGCUGUCUCUGGUGCCUUAACAAAUGCUAGCUACGACACUCGAACCAACCAGCAAGUACUCAUUCAAUCUGACGACACCGCUGUCCUCUCCACGUUCAAGAAAUAUCCUACCUACAAGCGAGUCCUCAAUAUUAAAGAAACCAUAAGUGAUACUCCGAAGCCAGCAGUGGAUGAGAUCAAGCAGUAUGCAGAAGCAGUAAACAUACCCAGAUCUUCAAUUGUGGCGAGCACCGGCUUCUUCCUUUCUAGCUAUACCGGUGUGGUAAAGGAGCUGCAUGCAGCGAAUCUAUCUGUUUAUGUCUCGGUGCUGAGGAAUGAGUUCAUCAUGAUUGCAUUCGAUUUCUUUUCGGACCCCUUGGCCGAGAUCGCCACGUAUGUUGGGGGAGUCGGAGUCGACGGGAUCGUAACUGAAUUUCCUGCAACUGCAAGUGCAUAUUUCAGGAGUCCAUGCUCCGAUGCGAACGCGAAACUGCCCUACACGAUACUGCCCACAGAGCCUGGAUCCCUCCUCUCCUUGGCCCCGCCAGAAGCAGCCCCUCCAGCUGAACCCCCUGCUCCAAUUCUAGAAGCUUCCGAUGUCGUUGACCCGCCACUGCCGCCGGUUGCUGACCUCUCUGAGAAAUCGGCGCCGCCAGCUGCAACACCGCCGGCCCCAACAGAACCAAGUGGUCAACCAGGAACUUCUGCAAAUGCAGUUAUAUGCUUAUUGGCUGUGGUGCUUAGCAUCAUUUAUCUCAACUACCACUAAAUUUCUUGGGGCCUGAUAAUAUAUUUUUUUUAUUUCUUAACAUGGUUUUUAUGGCAUUCAUUUCUAUCUGUAAUUACCAUUAACAGGUGGGUCAUUACUCAAAACUUUGAGAUAUAUUAUAUAGAAGAAAUAUGGCUGUUUGUAGUUGCCUUUGUAGUGAUGAUGAGUUGAUUCAUUUGAGCAAAGGGACACUUUUUUUUGUA